AUGCCUACGGGACAUAAGCUAGGUCAAUAUGAUAGUGAACCUUAUUCGAAUCCAGAACAAUAUCGAAUGGUUGUUGGAGUGUUGCAAUAUUUGACGAUUACCAAUCCCGAUCUUUCUUAUACUGUGAACCAGGUUUGCCAGUUCAUGCAUAUGCCUCAGACUACACAUUGGACGGCGGUUAAGAGGAUCUUGCACUAUUUAAAGACCACGUACGAUCAUGUUCUUGUCUAUAAACCUAGCAAUGUUCGAUUAAAUGCUUUCUCUGAUGCUGAUUAUGCAGGAAAUCUGGAUACUCAUCAUUCAACUAGUGGUUUCUGUAUCUAUUUGGGAACAAAUUUGAUUUCGUGGAGUUCAAAGAAACAAAAGACUGUUUCGAGGUCUAGUACAGAGGCUGAUGAUAGGCAACUUGCUUAUACUGCAGCUGAAUUAUCAUGGUUAGGCAGCUUGUUUCAAGAUCUUCAUAUUUAUCUUCAUCGGCCGUAG